AUGAAUCUUUCUUCUUUAAUUCAUUCAUUCUUGUUUUCAUUCUUUCUUCAAUUCUUGUAUUCUUCAAUUCUUGUAUUCUUCAAUUCUUGUAUUCUUCAAUUCUUGUAUUCUUCAAUUCUUGUAUUCUUCAAUUCUUGUAUUCUUCAAUUCUUAUUCUUCAAUUCUUGUAUUCUUCAAUUCUUGUAUUCUUCAAUUCUUGUAUUCUUCAAUUCUUGUAUUCUUCAAUUCUUGUAUUCUUCAAUUCUUGUAUUCUUCAAUUCUUGUAUUCUUCAAUUCUUGUAUUCUUCAAUUCUUGUAUUCUUCAAUUUUCAUAUUCUUCAAUUUUCAUAUUCUUCAAUUUUCUUCAAUUCUUGUAUUCUUCAAUUCUUUCUUGUUUUCAUUCUUUCUUUCAUUCUUUUUUCAUUAUUUCUCUCUUUUUUUUAUUACAUUCAUUCAUUCAUUCCUUUUCAUUCUUUCUUUAAUAGUGUCUUCCUUUCCAAUAAUUUUCUCUAA